CACUCGAAAUUUGUGCGCCACAUCCAAACUAAUCUCAAUAGAAUUACAGUACAGUAGAGUUGUUAGUAUGUUGAAAUUUGUAGUAACUCUUGCACUCGCUACAACAGCGUUUGCUCAAGUUUAUCCCAUUUACCAACACUCGACACCUCGACCAUUUACAGUCCAACCAUACGCUGUGCCUAAUUACAACCAAGAAGUUAUCAUCUCCCCUACGACCCCUGUGCCAAGAAUUCAGUCGUAUGUGUCUCAUAAUGCUCAGAUUCCAAUUCUACGCCAGGAUCAAGACGUAAGGGAAGAUGGAAGUUAUCAGUACGGAUAUGAAACUGCCAACGGAAUCGCAGUCCAAGAACAAGGAGUACCUGCAGGGCCUAACGGGGGCACAGCUGCUCAAGGGGGCUACACUUAUACCUCCCCCGAAGGAAGAGUGAUAUCUAUUUCCUACAUUGCUGAUGAAAACGGUUUCCGCGCCGUAGGGGACGCUAUUCCAACUCCACCACCAAUUCCACCAGCGAUUGCGAGGGCGCUCGCUUACAUAGCCUCACGUCGUUCUCAAGUAACUGCGUACACAACACAACCGACAUACUAUUAGAUGUAGAUAAUAGAUAAGUUAUUGUAUUUAUGCCAUAGACCUCAAAAAUAUAUUAUAUUGAUUUGCAAA